UCUGUCUGGCUUUAUAUGGCAGAUUCAAUUAUGUGCAUUAUUUUAAUGUCAAGCUUUAGAACUUACUCUUUCUCAUGCUUCACAGAUCAUAUUGACAUAAUAUAAUCAUGCUUUUCCUUUUCAAACGUAUUGGAUUGCAUAUUUGUGAACCCACGAUGUAUUAUUUUUGAAAUAUAUUAUGGUUGAUGUUGAAUUUUGGUGGUCAAAAUUGUCUUUAUGUUUGCUGAUUAGUUUCUCCUGGACAUUUGACAUCUGUGCCAUGUGCCCAUGUGUCCAGUUGCCAUGAAGUGUUCAGCACUUCAACCUCUAGAGUCUAGAAAACUCAUUGCUAUGAGAGUUCUCUACAAUAUAAGUAAUUUGGUGGUAAUUGGGGUUUUGUCAAAACUUGUAGAGGUGGAAAACCUGCGCUUACAGUUGUCUUGGCUCGUGCACUUUUGCGUAAACCUGUUUUCUUUCCUCUACAAGGAUAUAUCUCGUUGACGAUUGCUACCAUGGCUAUAUAAGAGAGAGAGAGAGAGAGAGAGAGAUCUGCCUAAUAAAACUUGUAAUAUGGAGAUCGGUGAUCUCCUUAUUAGUGCAAAAUGAGUGUAUUUUGUAAUUUUAGAACUUGGCAGGACAACUUCCUAGUCUUGCUUCUGAAAGAUGAAUUCAGACCAGCUGUUUUUGAUGGUCUUCAGCUUUUGUAUUUGUUGCAAACCAGUUGUUUUAUGAGUUGCUUUCUUGCAGAAGGUGACAAAAAGUGGGUAGGUGGGGUCAACAUGCUCUCAUAUUUCCUCGGGUUCCUGAAAUGUGUCACAUAAUCUAUGCUGCCAUGUGGGGCACAUAUUGCAACAGUUGGACAACCCUAGGAGCAUUUGAUAGGCUUGUUUGAUACUUAACCAUGAGUUUUGAUCAGAUGCUGCCCCGAAAGUGGAGUAAUCAUUUGGGGUCGUGCAAAACCCAUAAAUUCUGGAUUGCCAUCUAAAAGCUGGUUUCUGUACAUUCUAUAACCUCACUUUGGUAACAUAAAAGGUGAAAAAGACUUUUGGAGGCCCUCUGUAGCCAUAUUUCCUGACUCAAUGAUAAUGGAGCAGCCAUACUUUGCUUGUAAAAACGAUGCUGCAUUAGAUGUCUUUACAGUCUCUUUUGUUAAGUUGAUGGCUACUGCUAUCUUCAUAACAUCUUCUGGUAUCAUCAUAUACUUUCAGAUAUCUAGUGAGUGUCAGUUUGUUCUAAGUAAAUAAGGUAUUAUAAAAUUUGAUGUCCUGAUAGGUAUCAACAAAUCUAGUUCAUUUGGGCUGCCUUUUGUUUGUGUCACUCUUUAAAUAUAUCUAGUAUUAACUCAUAUAUUUAUGUAUUCAUUUCUUUCUUUCUGUAUCUACUUUUUAGGAGCAGGCUAGCAUGACAGUUUUGUUUGCUUGCAUUUUCUGACAUGUUAAUUCUCUUUCCCAUUUCGUGUUUGUCUGGUUAUACAUGGCUCUUUUCAUGACAUUUCUCUGCAUGCAGUGGAAUCCAGCGAAAUUCUAGGUGCCUUAAAGGAUGGAGAGCUACGUAAAUUAAUACAGAAAAUUGACAGCUCUGAAAAGCCAGAAAAUGUAGUUUAUUCACAACCACAACUUUAUGUUGGUCUAUUCCUCUUAAUUGAAAUUGACUUUUAAAUGUUUGAAAUUAGACCCAUGGGGUUAUCUAUUUGGUUGUUAACUCAAUAUUAGUCCUUAACUUGCUCAAAGUACCUUUCACCUAUUCACAGGAAUUGACUAGGGCCAUGGAAGGACGGACUUUUCGCGAGUUCACAGACAAGAUUCUGGCUGUUUUGAACCCACAGAACCAGCCUGCUAACUGAGAAAUGUCAUGCUCAAUCAUUUUAUUUUUGCCCCAAUUUUCUGAAGGAUUUUGAGUCAUUUCUGAAGAGCUAGUUAUGAUGGUCGGAUCUGUUCAGAAGCUGUCUCCUUGAGCAGAUUUACUGUACUUCCAGCCUGAUGUGUGAUCGACAAAAACGUUUGUUUUAAGUACAACUAUGGCUAUAUGUUCUAAGUUCUGAAUAAUUUUGUAGGGGGAAAAUAGUCUGUUAUUUGUUCCUUCCAUGUAAUGAUUAUAUGAUUAUUUGAUUCUUGGGCAGAUGUAAUUUAUUUCCAGCCAGGCUCGGAGCAUGAGCAGCACAGUUUCUCUUGUAUCUUGACAUGGCUAUGGAUGUAGGGGAGUUUGUUUAAAUUCAGCAGAAUAUACGUUGUACUAUUUUUAAUUUCCAUGCGUGCUAUUUGCUAUGCUGAUUUGAAUGUUGAUUUGGGUGAAGUUGGGACAAAAUGAUGUACCAUAUGUGAUUUCUUUGCAUGCUCCUCUGCUAUGCUAUCUCCCUUUUGUCUUCACAAAAUCAUGAAUGCUCCGGAAGAAUGUGCGCAUCGAGAUGGGCUCUUUUAUUUUUAUGGAAGCACUCUUUAUCUAUAAUGACAUGCUUGCAUCAGUACCUUCUAUUAGCAUAUGGCUGAUGUAGGCCAGCUACAUUGGACUACGUUGUGAUAAUGUUUCCUUCUGGAUGUCGCAUGUUCGAGUCCCUUGGUUUUCCUUUUUUUUUUCUUCCUUCGAAGGUUUAAAUAGCAAAUUGUAGCAACCUGCAUGAACAUUUCCAUUGUUACUUCAAAUAAAUUAAGAAGUUCGAGUUAGGUGCAUAUUCUUUGUCAUGAACAUGUAAGAUUUGAAAGUUCAUCACAACUUCAACAUAAUUAGAUAAUAAUAAUCUCAAUUCAUAAUAUUUGAUUGGUAUCAUUAAUGUUCUAUCUACUUAUUCUUUCCCUUAUGAUUCCAAUUGUAGCCAACUACGCAUCCUGUAACUUUGAAAAGGUAAAAUGAAAGAUGUGGUGUGACUUUUACAGUCUAGUAAAAAUUUCCUACCUCACGUCGAUAUAGAUGAAGUAAAUUUAAAAUAAAGAAUAGCUAUAAACAAUACCAGAAUACGGGCAAAAAUUAUAAAAUUUCAUAGUGACUAUUCAACACAGCUAAAAUAAAUCCACAUAGAUAUGUACACAUAAAUAUACAUCCCUAAAUAUCCAUCUCAUUUAAGAAAAUAUAUUACAUAUAUCAAUCUUUCGUAUAAUAAUAAUUACAUGUCUCAUCUUUCGUUCCAUCCAAACUCACUCCGCUUAUUCUCUUCCUCAUCUUCCUCCCUUCAUCUCUUCCCCACCCCCCACCAACUCCCCCUCACCAAACUCCAUCACGCUCCACUCGAUAAGGAAUGCCAUCGACGAGGUCGAGAAGGCCACCGCCAUCAUGUCGAAUCUUGUCGGCGCAGUCAAUGGCUCUCGCCUCGGCCAUGCCAUCAACGACUGCUUGCAGCUCCUCCAACUCUCAUCCGACGAGCUCCACUGGGCCCUCGGGUCGGUCUCGGGCAACGGUAGCAUCACCGCGCGCAGCAAGGCCAAUGUGGUCGCAUGGCUUACCGCCGCCCUCACCAAUCAGGACACCUGCCUCCGAGGGCUCCUCGAGGUCGCCGAUUUCUUCGAGCUGAUCUAUGAGCAAUGCGUGAAGAUGGUGGAGGCUUCGAUCGAGAGGGCUCCAACUGAUUCUAGCAACAUCAGCAUCGUAGCUGACGAUGCCAUGGCAUCAUUGCAUGGACUCAUCGAAUCCCCUGUGAAUGGGACUGGCGUUGACGUCGUAGUUGCGACCGACGGCAACCGGAACUUCACAACCAUAACAGAGGCGGUCAGGUCUGCACCCGACUACAGCGACAAGCGCUACGUGAUCUACGGGAAGAAAGGCAUAUACGAGGAACAUGUCGUGGUGCCGAGGCAGAAGAAGAAUCUGAUGAUACUUGGAGAUUCGAUGUUCGACACGAUCAUCACCGGCAAUCGCAGAAACUAUGAUGGUUGGUCCACCUUUGGAUCUGCUUCGUUUGGUGAGAGCUCUACUCUACUCUUCUCUUUGUAUUAAACUAAACUCCACCGAUUCGAUUCUUUAGCCUGUUUAAACUCGGGACAGCAAUUACCAUCAUUGUUCUAAUCUAUGGCAUGUUGUAGCACUACCGAUCGUGCAGCUGUGAGCGCUCCAGGAUUCAUAGCCCAGAACAUUAGAUUCGAGAACACGGCAGGAGCCGGGAAGCACCGGGCUCGGCUACCGCUGCGCCUUCAAGGGCUAUGAAGGCGCAGCGGUAUAUCAUCAGCAACGCCGCCGCCGCCGCCGUCUUCCAGGACAGCGUCAUCCUCGGGCGCAAGCCCAUGGACAAUCAGGUCUUUCAUUGUUUUCCAUGACCAUACAAUGA